AACAAUACAAAAAUGAUUGUGAAAAGCAUGGUAUUUGUAACAAUUUUGUUGACGGCAACAAUAUUUGCAGUUUAUGCAGACAAUACUCAAGUGGUAACAAAUGAAGGCACCAUUUUGGGAAGGACAUCGUUAUCAGAAAAACUAAAUAAAACAAUACAUAUGUUUCUUAGUAUACCUUACGCAGAACCACCAAAAAGAUUCGAGCUGUCUAUUCCAAAAUCUACUUGGACAGGUGUUUUAAAUUGUACGUUUGAAAGAGCCCAAUGUUUGCAAACCCAAGACAAAAUAGAGGGUUCAGAAGACUGCUUAUUUUUAAGCGUUUUUAGUCCAAAUCUAACCGGAAGAGCUCCCGUUCUUGUAUGGAUCCAUGGCGGCGGUUUCGUUUAUGGAAAUGGAUCACUAAUCUCAUUUUCACCCGAACUGUUCUUGGAGGAGGGCCUAGUAGUAGUAGGUAUACAGUAUCGUCUAGGCAUAUUCGGAUUUAUAAGUACGGGAGAUCUGUCCUGUCCAGGAAAUUUGGGACUAAAAGACCAAACUCUUGCUUUACAAUGGGUCCAACGGAAUAUAGCACAUUUCGGUGGCGAUCCUAAACGUGUAACAAUUUGGGGACAAAGUGCAGGUGCAGCGUCCGUUGCCCUUCACUUAACUUCUUCGAGAUCUAAAGGAUUAUUCAGUGGAGCUAUUAUGAGCAGCGGUGUUUCUUUAUGUUUAUGGGCAUUAUCGAGAAAUGCGAUUGAAUUGGCUCAUAAAACUGGAGCUGUAUUAGGAGUAGGAUCAACAAAUUCCAGCCAGUUAAUAGACAAUUUAAAAAAAGUUGAUUAUAAUAACCUAUUAAAUGUCUCAAAUAAUUUAGCUAUAGAGAUAUUUUACAAAUACCCAUUAGCUGGAAUUCCGUUAGGACCAGUAAUCGAAGUUCCACAUAAAACAGCUUUUUUGACCGUAAAAAGCGAUAAAUCACUAUUAUCUGGAGAAUUUACCAGGGUUCCCCUACUAUUAGGAUAUACAUCAAAUGAACUCUCAACUAUGGCCCAAGAAUUACUAUCGGGUUCGGUAUCAAUAUUUGAUCAGCAACCAGAGAAAUUUGUGCCAGCAGAUAUUAUUUCCAACAAAAAUUUAACGGAAGCAGGACUUAAAAUUAGAAAAGAAUUUUUGGGAGAUGCACCAAUUAUAAAAAUGGAUAAUUCUUUAAUUCACUUGUUUAAUAUUGACCAGUUUAUUCGACCUAUCCAUAGAUUUGUAGCUGAUGUUAAAAAAUAUGUACUUAACACAUACUUAUAUCAGUUUAGCUACAAAGGAGAUAUUGAGAAGGCACUUGGAUUUAAUUUUAGCGGUGUUGUUCAUGCUGAAGAUCUCUACUAUUUAUUUAAAGCCAACUUGCCGUUUUCUAAGAAAGAUUUGGCUGUGAGAAGCAAGAUGGUUAAAAUGUGGUCAAAUUUUUGUAAAUACAGUAAACCCAUUCCUUUGCCAACGUCAAGCUUGGACCACGCUAUUUGGUUACCUGCAUCGAUCGCUCCACGUUCAGUUUUAUUUAAUAUCGAUUAUAAGAAUGGAUUUAUUAAAAACCCGUAUUUAAAAGAAUUGAACUUUUAUGACAAACAAAUAUAUGCUAAGUAUGGACAAGGAGUAUACGACACUUAUUGACCAAUUAAACAAAUAUAACCUAUUUAAACCUGCGAAAGAUUUCUGAUUAUUAUUUUGCACAAUAUAAAAUAAAUAUUUUAAGA